GUCCUUUUCAGUUGCGUCACACACCGGCAGUGAGCUCCAGCAUCCAACAUGUCGGCUUCGUGUGUCUUCCCCAUGUGUGUGCGAGCGAGCCGCGGCUUUCUGCGGCUCAGGAGCGGGGCAGUGGGCGCCUUGUUCCCGGCCACAGUGGACAGUAUCCGGACACUGUCAUCGGAGAAGCCGGCGUCGGGAGGAGACAGCGCUACUGGCGGUUUGGCCCAGGCUAUCCUCCGGGAGAGACUCCAGCAGCAGAGCCAGGGCCAACCGCCACCAGAGGGAGACAGUGAGCAGGAGCACGAGCAGAAGGAUGAGAAGAAGCAGAAGGAGAACACUGCGUACGCCAAAAAGGUGGUUCUGCGUUUGGCCGGGCUCAUGGGCAUUGGAGGAGCCGUCGGAAUGGUCUACGUCUUUGGGACCAACUCUACGGAUGAACAGGGAAACCAGAUUCCAGACGAGUUUGAUUCAGAGCCUCCCGUCAUUCAACAGCUGAAGCGAACAGUUAAAUACUUCAAAGACUACAGGCAGAUGAUCAUUGAGCCGACGAGCCCGAAGCUUCUUCCCGACCCGUUAAAGGAGCCGUACUACCAGCCUCCAUACACUCUGGUGCUGGAGCUCACAGACGUGCUGCUGCAUCCGGAGUGGUCGCUCGCGACAGGUUGGAGGUUUAAGAAACGGCCGGGCAUCGAGUAUCUGUUCCAGCAACUCGCACCACUUUACGAGAUCGUCAUUUUCACCGCAGAGACAGGAAUGACGGCGUAUCCUUUGAUUGACAGCAUAGACCCUCAAGGCUUCAUCAUGUACCGCCUUUUCAGAGACGCCACGCGCUACAUGGACGGUCACCAUGUCAAGGAUGUUUCGUGCCUAAACCGUGACACCAGCCGAGUGAUCGUGGUGGACUGUAAACGCGAGGCCUUCAGUCUGCAGCCUUUUAACGGGAUGGCUCUGAAGAAAUGGGACGGAAACUCAGACGAUCGAACACUGUACGACCUCGCCAACUUCCUCAAAACCAUAGCUCUGAGUGGAGUGGACGACGUGAGGUCGGUGCUGGAGAACUACGCUCUGGAGGAGGACCCCAUCGACGCCUUUAAACGACGACAAGCUCAACUAGCUCAGGAGGAGGAGCAGCGUCUCUCAGAACUCUCUCAGCAGAAAAAGCAGGGUCUUUCUCUGGGCUCCAUCACGUCUCGGUUUUGGCGUUCAAAACAAGAAUGAUCCCGCCCACUUCCUACUCAUCCACCAAUCAGGAAAUAGCGUCCGGGUAGAGCAGCAGCCGCGCCGGCCAAUCACUGAAAAGAGCCAAAAAAGAGAUGAAGACUGACUGCUCAAUGGACCAAUCAGAGCCUUGAGGCAAGGGUCACACGAAAGCAAGACCCUCCCAUUUUGGUCGCCCCGAAGCUGCUGAUUGGAUGAAAAGAACAGUGUUUUGUACUGAAAUAACGAAAUGACGGCGGUAGCGUUUGAACUGGAAAAACAAAAACUGAAAAACGCUGCGCUUCGUUCAAAAGACUAUAUUAAAUAUGGAGUGUGUGUGGAAUAUUAUUGCCAUCUGGUUCAUUUAAUAAAUGGUUGUGUGAAGGCGUCCAACCAAAAUGCUUCUAAUCUGUUCUGGUGUUUCUGAUGCCACAUUAUGGUCCUAAUAUCAAGUGUCUUAGUGGUUUAAACUUCUGCCUCACAACAAGAAGGUUACAAGUUCAAUACCAAGACCAAACAAGGCAGUUCUGAGUGAAAUGUCCCUGUUCUCCCUGUGUCUGCGUAGGCCUCCUCCUGGUGCUCAGUUUUACUGGAAUAUUCUAUGGUAAGGCAUUUUCUCUGUCUGGCAUCUAUUAAAUGUUUAAGUGCUACAAAAAACGCUAGAAAAACAAGCAUUCGUACUUACCACAGAUCUGACGUGUAACUUGGUGGUAUUCAUUUCCACAGAGACAAUCAAUACCACAUAGUGGAACAUUUCUGGUAAAACAAUAACUUCUCCAUGGAGACAAGCAAGAUAUUAAUCUGGGAUCGAUUUGAUCACAGUUCAGUUAAACAGGUGAGACUCAACAAAGGCCUGGUGUCAAAUGCACAGAUUGUAGCUUUAGUAGAGCUGUGUUAAUCGACUGCAUUAUUACGUGAAAGAUGAAAGCCCCAAUCAGCUAGAAAUCUAAUGUUCCAUAAGGACCCUACCUCUGUCAAAUAAAGUAGCAACUAUUAUAAAGAGUAAUCGUAUAUGUUCUAUCCCAGGGGUGUCCAAACUAUGGCCGGGGGCCAAAUACGGCCUCCAUUCGACUUUUGUUUUCCUAUAGAAUUGAUCCAAAUGAUCAUAGGUUGUACUUUUUAUUGUCAAUUUAAGUAAUGCCAUCUCUGUAACAGCACUAUAGCACCACAUUACAGUGUGACCUGCCAAACCUUCAGUGUGACAUUUGUCUGUUCAGUCCAGAAUGAUCUUGUGUUUUGUAAACAGAAAAAUAUCCAUCUGUUUAUUUCACGUGUGAAACAAAGAACUUCAUUGGUCACACAUCAUUUUGAAUAAAAUGACUUUUCUCUCAUCUCAGAGAAACAGUUUAGUGCUUUGCUU